GGCGGCGACGAAAGCCAUGGCUGGGGCGUUGGCGGGUCUGGCGGCGGGCUUGCACUGCCCGCGGGUCGUCCCCAGCCAAGACUCGGACUCAGACACAGACUCGGAGGACCCGAGUAACCGGCGCAGCGCGGGCGGGCUGCUCCGCUCGCAGGUCAUCCACAGCGGUCACUUCAUGGUGUCGUCGCCGCACAGCGACUCGCUGACCCGGCGGCGCGACCAGGAGGGGCCCACGGGGCCCGCCGACUUCGGGCCGCGCAGCAUCGACCCCACACUCACCCGCCUCUUCGAGUGCAUGAGCCUGGCCUACAGUGGCAAGCUGGUGUCUCCCAAGUGGAAGAAUUUCAAAGGCCUCAAGCUGCUUUGCCGGGACAAGAUCCGCCUCAACAACGCCAUCUGGAGGGCCUGGUAUAUCCAGUAUGUGGAGCGGAGGAAGAGCCCCGUGUGUGGCUUCGUGACCCCCCUGCAGGGGCCUGAGGCUGAUGAGCACCGGAAACCAGAGGCCGUGGUCCUAGAGGGCAAUUACUGGAAGCGGCGCAUCGAGGUGGUGAUGCGCGAGUACCACAAGUGGCGCAUCUACUACAAGAAGCGGCUCCGUAAGUCCAGCAGGGAAGGAGAUAUCCUGACCCCAAAGCAGGCGGAAGGGGGUUGGCAGCCACCGGAGCGAUGGUGCGAGCAGCUCUUCUCCAGCGUGGUGCCCGUGCUGCUCGGGGGCCCGGAGGAGGAGCCUGGCGGGAGGCAGCUUCUGGACCUCGACUGCUUUUUGUCCGACAUCUCCGACACGCUCUUCACCAUGACGCAGCCCAGCUCCACACCCAUGCAGCUGCCCCCUGAGGAUGCCUAUGUGGGCAAUGCUGACAUGAUCCAGCCGGACCUGACACCCCUGCAGCCCAGCCUGGAUGACUUCAUGGAGAUCUCAGAUUUCUUCCCCAGCUACCGCCCCCCGCAGACGCCCACAGCCUCCCACUUCCCGGAACCCCCCAGCUUUGGGACCAUGGCUGACCCUUUCUUUGGCAGUUCCAUCCUGGGCUCAGAGGUGCCCCCUGCCUCGUCAGGCAUGACCCACCUCUCAGGGCAUAACCGCCUGCAGGCUCGGAGCAGCUGCCCUGGUCCCCUGGACUCCAGUGCCUUCCUGAACUCUGAUUUCCUCCUUCCUGAAGACCCUAAGCCCAAAAUCCCACCCCCGCCAGCACCCCCACCCCUCCUCCAAUACCCUGCCCUUCCCAAGGGGCCUGGCCUAGAGCCCUGUCUCCCACCCUCCUUCCCUCCCAUGGCUCCUCCCCCAGCUUUGCUACAGGAAGAGCCUCUCUUCUCUCCCAGAUUCCCCUUCUCUACUGUCCCUCCUGCCCCAGGAGUGUCCCCACUGCCUGCUCCCACUGCCUUCCCAGCUACCCCACAGCCGGAUCCAGGCCCUGCCCCUACUCCCUUCCCCAUAGACCUUCUACCCUCAGGGUAUCUGGAGCCCCAAUUUGGGCCUCACUUCACAGUGCCCCAAGGCCUGCGGCCCAGAGGCAAGCCCCCCACCCCAUCCCCUAGAGGGCAGAAGCCCAGCCCCCCAACCUUGGCUCCUGCCACCGCCAAUCCCAAUCCCGCUGCCACUGCCCCAGCCGGGGGCAGCAACCCCUGCCUCACACAGCUGCUCACAGCAGCCAAGCCUGAGCAAGCCCUGGAACCACCCCUUGUGUCGGGCACCCUCCUCCGGCCCUCGGGGUCCCCGCAGGAGAUGGCCCCUGAAUUCCCCUGCACCUUCCUACCCCCAACCCCGGCCCCCACACCGCCCCGGCCACCUCCAGGCCCAACCACACUGGCCCCUCCCAGGCCCCUGAUUGUCCCCAAAGCGGAGCGGCUCUCGCCCCCAGCACACAGCGGUAAAGAGGGCUUGCAGGGAUUGGGGGACUCUAGGGGAUGGAGAAAGGGGAAGGAAGAAGGGGGGACUGCAUCUGAGGCCAGGAUGAGAGGGACAGGGCAAUGGGACCCUCUCCCCUGUGUCGGUCUGUCUGUGGGUCUGUCUUUCCCGGCCACAGGUGGUGAGCGGCGGCUGUCUGGGGAGCUCAACUCCAUGCCAGGCCCGGGGACCCUGAGUGUCUGCGUCUCUCCCCCUCAACCCAUCCUAAGCCGGGGCCGUCAGGACAACAAGACUGAGAACCGGCGCAUCACACACAUCUCUGCAGAGCAGAAGAGGCGCUUCAAUAUCAAGCUGGGGUUUGACACCCUGCAUGGGCUGGUGAGCACACUCAGCGCCCAGCCCAGCCUCAAGGUGAGCAAAGCGACCACCCUGCAGAAGACGGCCGAGUACAUCGCCAUGCUGCAGCAGGAGCGGGCGGCCAUGCAGGAGGAGGCCCAGCAGCUGCGGGACCAGAUUGAGGAGCUCAACGCUGCCAUUAACCUGUGCCAGCAGCAGCUGCCUGCUACCGGGGUGCCCAUCACGCACCAGCGUUUCGACCAGAUGCGAGACAUGUUCGACGACUAUGUCCGCACCCGGACACUGCACAACUGGAAGUUCUGGGUGUUCAGCGUCCUCAUUCGGCCUCUGUUCGAGUCCUUCAAUGGGAUGGUGUCCACGGCAAGCUUGCAGAGCCUCCGCCAGACCUCACUGGCUUGGCUGGACCAGUACUGCUCCCUGCCUGCUCUCCGGCCGACUGUCUUGAACUCCCUCCGCCAGCUGAGCACAUCUACCAGUAUCCUGACAGAUCCAGGCUGUAUACCUGAGCAAGCCACACGGGCGGUGACAGAGGGCAGCCUUGGCAAACCUCUAUAGGGCUGGCCAGACACUGCGAUUUACUCAGCUGCCCAGGGGCUGCUUUCCUUGGGCCUGGGCUCCAAGGACAACUUCUGGGCACUCCCUUCCUGCCCCCAGCCCUGGCUGUCCCCUUUCCUGAGGGUCUAGCGGUGCCCAAAUCUCUUCCACCUCCUGGAAGCCAGGAAGAAUGGCAUUCCAUUCCCUGCCCCACCAGAGACUAACACUGUGACCUGAAGGACUCAUACUCUUCUUUGGACCUUCACUUUCCAGUCUGCAAAAUGGGGAUGGAGAAGCUUCAACCAGAAGAUGAUCCCAAGGCCUUAGCAACUGUGAUACUUGGGGCCUAAGCUGGCAACUCAAGGAGUCUGUAGGAGGAAGGAGGAAAAUCCUGUUUCCCCACCACCCCUAUCUGUCCCUCCUCCCCUCCCCCCACAGGGCACGGGCCUCUGUUUCUGAGCAGAGAGGCAGAAAAAGAGAGUCCCACUCUCUGCUCCUCCGCUGGUGGCCACUGGGGGGGGGGUGCUACAGGGUGGCAUUGCUGGGUGAGGCCAGGAAGGUCUGAUCCCAGGAGAGGAGCAGGGCAGGGGGUGGCCAAACCAGGGCAGGCAUCAUGUGUGCGUGUGGAUGCGUGUGUGUGGAUUUUGUAAAGAAUUCUUGACCAAUAAAAACAAAAACUGUUGGA